AUGUCAUUCCCUUUCACCAUCACAGAGCAUCUCAUCGAUGCCCAAUACAUCCGAGAAUACCCUCGAGCCACGACCAUUCAAAAUGCACCCUUGAAGCUCUGCAUCAAACAAUAUACUCCGUUCGACAAUCCUGAGCCUCAACCUGGUGAUCUCACCAUCGUCGCCGCUCAUGGAACAGGUUUCGCAAAGGAACUCUAUGAACCUCUCUGGGAAGAGCUUUAUGCACGAAGCAAAAAAGAGGGAUUUCGCAUCCGCUCCAUCUGGAUCGCUGAUGCGGCCAAUCAAGGCGCCAGUGGCAUCCACAACGAGAACUAUCUGGGAAAUGACCCAUCAUGGACCGAUCACAGCCGCGACAUGCUGCUCAUGAUCAACCAGUUCCGAGACAAGAUGCCCAGACCUAUCAUGGGGGUAGGGCAUAGUGUGGGCGGGACACAGCUAGUCCUUCUCUCGGUGAUCCACCCCCGGCUAUUUACCUCCCUCCUGCUGGUCGAACCAUACAUCAUCGACAGCAGCCUUGAUGGAAAUGGCCCGCAUCUCGUGUUCAUGACCGCAAAGAAACGCGACACAUGGCCCUCGCGGGCUGCGGCAGCGGAGAAAGCGCGCAAGUAUCUCCGGUUCUGGGACCCGCGUGUGCUCGAUCGCUUCGCCCGAUGGGGAUAUCGCGAUAUUCCCACAGUAACACAUCCUCAGGAAAGCCAGACGAUCGACUCAGGGCGGCCUGUGACGUUGGCCACGACGAAAUAUCAGGAAGCGAUGAUGUACACCCGUGCUAACCCGCGUCGCCACCAGCAGCUAGGCCUGCCCGAUGAACACAACAAGAGUGAGAACGAUGGCCCCAGUCCACCGCACGACCCACUAUUUUUCCCAGAUAUACUUGGAGGGUUACUUCCUAAUCAGCGAGCGUAUCGACCGGAGCCAAUUCUGGCAGGGAGAGUGUUACCGUAUCUUCGACCAUCAGUGCUCUUCCUGUGCGGAGCACAGAGUCCACUGAGCAAGUCUGGGGCGCAUGUUCGCAUGGCGAAGAGGACGGGUACCGAUUUUGGAGGGAGCGGUGGCAUGAACCAUGGCCGAGUGAGGCAUCUGUCGAUUGAAAAGGCUGGGCACACCCUGCCCCUCGAGAAGGUUUCCGAGACGGCAGAAGAACUUGGGCCGUGGAUCAAACAGGAGCUGCAGCAAUGGAAGGAGGACGAGCGGCGCAUUGCUGAGGGAUGGGAAGGGUUGUCGACCCGGGAGAGAUCUAUGUUCUCAAAUGACUGGAAGAGGGUGGUGGCGGAGACGAUGAACGAACCGGCGAUCGAGAAACUGUCGAAGUUGUCGAAGUUGUAG